AUGGCCGCGCCAGGCAACCCGACAGAGGAGUGGUACGCCGCUGACGAUGAGACUUUAAAUCUCAUUAUCCAACUUCAGCAGGAAGACUUACGAGAACUUCUCGCACCUGCUAAUGGCGAGCACACAGAAGGAGAGCUUAUAGAUGCAGAAUUAGCAAUUCGGCUUUACGAUAUUGAGCUGAACAAUGCUGCCACCAUCGCCUCGGAUAGGCAGUUAGUUCGGCAAAUACGGGAGGGAAACCAUGUCGAUAAUAACAUCGCGCACGAACCCGCACCUGAGGAACCCACGCCUGAGGCGCCUGUACCUGAUGAGCCUGAACUUGGUGAACCCGCACCCGAUGAAUCUACACCUGAUGAACCUACGCCUGAUGAACCUAUACCCGAUGAACCUACACCCGAGGAGCGUAUCGAUCAGGAUGACCAUGUCGUGGCUACUUUAUCCCUUCAGGAGCCCCCGGUAGUCUCUGAUUCGGCUUCUAACAGUGGUUCUCCAGAAGGGGCUACCCCUCAGGACACUACGGCCGAGAUCGUCGAAAUGCGUGCGUGUCUUGCUUGCCAGGAGAUGACCGAAGUUACCAGGCUAACAGAAGUACCUUGCUCGCACGAGUACUGCCCUAACUGUCUAGCAACCCUGUUCCGGAAUGCCAUGACCGAUGAAUCUCUCUUCCCUCCACGCUGCUGUCGUCGAACGGUCCCUCUCGAUCCUAACGAGCAUGUGCUUGGGGAGGAUUUAGUUAGGGAUUUCCAAGACAAAGUCGUCGAGUAUUCAACACCGGAUAGAUUGUACUGUCACCAGACAACCUGCUCUGCAUUCAUACGACCUGAUAUGUAUGUUGAAAACAUUGCAACAUGUGAUAAGUGCCAGUCUAUUACAUGCGUUACCUGCAAGGGACCUUCUCACGAUGGUGACUGUCCCCACGACGAAGAACUCCGGGGUCUCAUGCAACUAGCCCAAGAAGAAGGAUGGCAACAAUGUUACAACUGCAAGUCGAUGGUUGAACUAAACAUUGGUUGUCACCAUAUUACUUGCCGCUGUGGCGCGCAGUUCUGCUACGUCUGUGGCCUGCGCUGGAAAACAUGUGCCUGCGCCCAGUGGGACGAGAAUCGGCUAUUCGACCGAGCGGAAGCGAUUUACAACCGUGGCCGCAACGCUCGCCAAGGUCCGAAUGCCCAGAGGCGAGUGGCUAUUCGAAAUAUUGCAGAGGGUCUGAGGGUGAACCAUGGAUGCGACCUCCAUGUCUGGACCAGGAGACUGGGGCCUUACGUAUGUGAUCUGUGUAAUAUCCGACUAAGUGAAUUCAUUUUCGAAUGCGACACCUGUCAUAUGAUGGUCUGCCGACGCUGUCGAGAUAAUCGACCGUAAUAGGAAAGGUGAUGCUGCUGAAGAAUCCGAUUGGAAAUGAACCAUUGAGGUAUUGACAGGUUUCACC